AUGCUGGGAUCAGAACGAGGUGUUGUGGAAGAAUGGCUGUCAGAAUUCAAGGCUUUACCUGAAACACAGAUUUCCAGCUAUGCAGCUACAUUGCACCGAAAAAAACCGCUGGUACCAGCUCUUUAUAAAGUCAUUCAAGAUCCAAAUAAUGAGCUCCUGGAGCCUGUUUGCCACCAGCUCUUUGAACUUUAUCGUAGUUCUGAAGUUCGGCUCAAGAGAUUCACACUGCAGUUCUUGCCAGAGUUGAUCUGGGUAUAUUUGCGUCUCACUGCCAGUAGAGACAGGCAGAGUAAUGGUUGCAUUGAAGCAUUGCUACUUGGCAUUUACAACCUGGAAAUUGCUGACAAAGAUGGAAACAACAAAGUUUUGUCUUUCACCAUCCCUUCAUUAUCUAAACCCUCAAUAUAUCAUGAGCCCUCUACUAUUGGAUCCAUGGCAUUAACGGAAGGAGCUCUGUGUCAGCAUGAUCUCAUCAGGGUAGUUUACAGUGAUCUUCAUCCUCAGAGGGAAACCUUCACAGCACAGAACCGGUUUGAGGUUCUGAGCUUUCUUAUGCUGUGCUACAAUUCUGCUAUUGUCUAUAUGCCUGCCUCUUCUUACCAAUCACUUUGUGGGAUGGGUUCCAGACUGUGUGUGAGUGGAUUUCCACGGCAGCAUGAGAAACGCUGGAAAGAACACUGUGGUAGAGUGGUGUUAGAUCCUGACUUCAUGGUGCAGCUGCUCACAGGUGUUUAUUAUGCCAUAUAUAAUGGUCAGUGGGAUCUUGGCCAGGAGGUAUUGGAGGACAUAAUUUACAGAGCACAGCUUGAACUCUACUCACAGCCUCUGCUGGUUGCAAAUGCCAUGAAGAACUCGCUGCCCUUUGAUGCUCCUGAUGCAUCACAAGAAGGCCAGAAGGUACUGAAAGUAGAAGUUACUCCAACAGUGCCAAGGAUUUCUCGGACUGCUAUUACAACAGCUUCUAUUCGUCGUCAUCGUUGGAGGAGAGAAGAUGGCUUUGACUUCUCAAACGAGGCUGACUCAAGCAUACCUGGCUCACCGAUCCAACACGGCUCCACAGACCUAGGGAUCAAACAUGAGCAAGAGGGGGAGGUGCUGAUGCGCAGGACCCCUGAGCAUGGCUUCCUGGAGCCCGCCUUGGCAGCAGCCACAACAGAGGACACUGAAGGUGUAAAUGGAAGAGAGGAAUCUGUGAACCUUAAUGAUGCUGAUGAAGGAUUUUCAUCAGGAGCUUCCCUCAGCAGCCAGCCAGUUGGGACCAAGCCUCUAUCAUCUGUAUCCCAGAAGGGCAGCUUAAGGAAAACAGCAAAUGGGCAUUCUGCUAAGGAUAAAGAAACCUCUUCUGCAGCAAAAUCCAUCGAGAGCCCUCGAGAUUCAGUAGCUCGGAAGCAGUACAUACACCAAUCUGCUGAGCUUGGUGCAGAUAUAAUUGAGAUGACACCUACUAAGAAACACCUCAGCCUGCCUGCUGGGCAGGUGGUGCCAAAAGCCAACAGUUUGAGCCUGAUCAGGACUGCCAGUGCUUCCUCCAGUAAAUCGUUUGACUAUGUGAAUGGCAGUCAAGCAGGUUCGAGUGUUGGAGCUGGUACAGAGGGUGUUACCAAUCUAGCAGCUGGCAACACCAAUCGCUUUUCAACUAUCAGCCUACAGGAGGACCGACUAGGCCAAGCUGGGGAAGGUAAAGAUCUCCUUCCCCCAGUAGCUCCCCUAACAAAGCAGUCUCGAUCUCCAAGUUUUAAUAUGCAACUGAUAUCCCAGGUCUAA